AGGAGGAGCCGGUCGAGGGCUUCCGGGUGACCCUGGUGGACGAGGGCGACCUGUACAACUGGGAGGUGGCCAUCUUCGGGCCCCCCAACACCUACUACGAGGGCGGCUACUUCAAGACCGAGGAGCUCCCAGGUGACCCCCCACGCUAGCCUCUGGUGGUCACCCCCGGCAGAGCAGAUUGCCAGCCCUGUGCCCCACCCCCAAUGAUGCCUGCCGUCAUGAAGGCCGCCUGCCCUGCCACACCUGGACCAAACACCUGAGGGCGGAGAGGCAGGACCAGCGUUGACUCACCCUCCCGGGCCUGGCGCAGGAGGCGGUCAGGGGCUGCUGAGCACAGACUGGUCUGUUUAAUCCUCUGUUAGCAUGGGAGAUGGGCCCAGAGGGGUUCAGCAACAAGUUUGGGGUGCAUAGCCUCAAGGGCCAGAGCUGAGCUGACUCACAGUCUGAGCCUAUUGACUCUGGAGCCCCAUGUGCCGUCCAGCCUGCCCACCUACCUCUUGGUGCCCACGGGACCACACUGCUGCUCAGAGUCCAUGACUGCGCGUGCAGCCUGGGCCCUGGACAGCUGACUCCGCCUGUGGGCCUGAGGGGCUGGGUGGUGGCCCAUGGGCCUGUCUCCGCACCCCCAACAUACCUGGCGCAAGUUAAUUGUCCCAGGCGGUGUUGGCACUGAUCCAGCCUCCUCAUUCGUGUGGUUGUGGUCCCCUCGUGGGCUGGCCUGCCUACCAUGCCUGGCCCUCCACCCCUCACAGGCCCGCCUCAAGUUCCCCAUCGACUACCCGUACUCGCCUCCGGCAUUCCGAUUCCUAACCAAGAUGUGGCACCCGAACAUCUAUGAGACAGGGGAUGUGUGCAUCUCCAUCCUGCACCCCCCAGUCGAUGACCCUCAGAGCGGGGAGCUGCCCUCGGAGCGAUGGAACCCCACCCAGAAUGUCAGGACCAUCCUCCUGAGCGUCAUCUCCCUCCUCAACGAGCCCAACACCUUCUCGCCAGCCAACGUGGACGCCUCCGUGAUGUACAGAAAGUGGAAGGAGAGCAAGGGGAAGGACCGCGAGUAUACAGACAUCAUCCGGAAGCAGGUCCUGGGGACCAAGGUGGACGCGGAGCGAGAUGGCGUGAAGGUGCCAACCACGCUGGCUGAGUACUGCGUGAAGACCAAGGCCCCGGCACCAGACGAGGGCUCAGACCUCUUUUACGACGACUACUACGAGGACGGUGAGGUGGAGGAGGGUGCUGACAGCUGCUUCGGGGAUGACGAGGACGACUCGGGGACCGAGGAGUCCUGACCCUGCCACCCAUCUGCCCGCCCGCCGGAAUAAACUUACAAAUUUUACCUCAUGGACGGGAUUGUGUGGCCGCAGCCGCCCACCCGAGACUCUACCUCACAGAGGUCUUUGUGUUCCAGGUGGUUCUGCUCCAGGUCUCCCUUUCCUGUGUGUGUUCUGGGGUUCCCGUUAGGGAGGAGCGGCAGGGUCACCUGGGGUCGGGGAGGGCAGUUAGGGCCGGGUGUGGGGUCGGGAAGCCCGGAUCCUGCUCAGAGGACGUUCAGCUGGGGACCUGCCCAGAGCAGGAGGGGCCUUGGGGGCCUGGGGCUGGGGGGUAGUGGGCAGCCAGGGACUUCGGAGUGUGGCCCUGCCGCCUGGCCCGGACCUGAGGCCUUCCUGGCACGUGAGUGGACGGCUUACCUUGGGCGCCACUUCUCUCUGCUUUGGUUUGUUUGGAAUUUAAAUAAAAAGACUUUGUGAGAAGCCAGCAGACUUUCCUUGGCCUCCCCCAGGACGGGGACGCCGGGGUCACCUGCCCGACGCUCCUGCCGCCCUUACCAGCGGGAACAGAUGGUGGUGUCCAGGAAGCUUAGGGAUUCCUCCUGUGGCCAGUUGCAUUUGGGGGGACGUGGGGCACGUCCCAGAGCUCUGGGGAGGGCAGGAGGAAGUCCCAGGCCUGGAAAUGACCCAGCCACAGUGGGCAGGUGGGGGGACAGGCGAAGGGGGCCGCAUGGGCCAAGCCCACCCCAACUUGGUUGGUGUGCCCUCCCCCCAGUGUGGCCGCCUCGGGCCAGGAGCUGGGCUGGAAGAAGGUGUUGUCAGCUCUGGCCACCAAGGGCACAGCCCCCUGCCUGGCCCAAGUCACGCCGUCGCCCAAGAAGUCCAAAGGCCUGAAGCCUCAGCCAGUCUAUAGGUCAGGCUCAGGAUGGAUCAGGUUUGGGAGAGCCUGUUCUGCUCCUUGUGGUGAGGGUGCAGUGUAGGGGCCAGACGAAACCCUGCCAGGGGCUCCCACUGGUUCUACCUUACUUAUCCCUGGGGCUCCCACUGGUUCUACCUUACUUAUCCCUGGGGCUCCCACUGGUUCUACCUUACUCCUGGGGCUCGCUGUGUACCCCUCUGCUCUCAUUAUUGUCUAUGUGAGGGGGUUCAUCCAGUCCACUAGUGCUAGGUUUUCUUUGAAACUCUGAAGCUGCCAGCCUAGCGCCAGGCCCCAGCUGGGACCCUCCUCAGCCCCUAGCCCCUACCAGGGCCUCUUUAUCUCUGUACAGCCACGUGUGGGCCCCGUCACCUCUGUAUGGCUACGUGUGGGCCCCAUCACCUCUGCACAGCCACGUGUGGGUCCCUUCACCUCUGCACGACCAUGUGUGAACCCCCUCAACUCUGCACAACGAUGUGUGGGCUCCCUCGUGUCUGCACAGCCACGUGUGGGCUCCCUCGUGUCUGCACAGCCACGUGCAGGCCCCUCACCUCUGUACAGCCAUGAGGGCCCCCCUCACAUUUGCAUGGCUGUGAGGGCUCCCUUACCUCCAUGACCGCAUGGAGGACCCCCUCACCUUCAUAGCCAUGUGUGGACCCUCUCACCUCUGCACAGCUACGUGUGGAUCCCUCACCUCUGCACAGCCACGUGUGGACCCCCUCACCUCCACCCCCAUGUGCGGGCAGAGCCUCAGUGUUGUGUCCCCCCACCCUCCUUCCACUCAACAUAGCCUUGUUCACCUGCCUCUGUUCUUGGGCUUUGGGACUUAAGCUGAGCAACAAAGCAACCCUUGGGGCCCAGACCGAAGCUGAGGAACUGACUGGGGGAGACCUGGAAAGUGAGUUCUUCACAGCUUCCCUGCCUGGUGACAUCCCUACACUUGCUCUCCCUGGGGGCAGCCCCUACCUGGUCCCUCUGGGGGUGAGAGUGAAACUGCUUUUCCUGUGAACCUUGCAAAUGGUGUCAGGUAGGAGGGAACGGCCUCCUGGUCCCAGAGCAGCCAGCUGAGGUGGGCAAGCCCUGGCUUCUCAGAGCAGCAUCAGCGCAUGUGGCUGUUUGUAAAGUUUUAUUGGGACGUGGUUUACCCAUGUGUUGACCUGCCUGGAGUCAUCCAGUACCUACAGCUUCAGUCCAGUGAUGCCCACCCGGGACUUUGACUUCCAGGCCUGUCAGAAAAAGUCUCCGUUGCUUUAAGUGACUCGCUGUGUGCUCAUCUGUCAGCAGCCCUGAGAGACUCAGCUCAGUGGGCCGCCUUCACUGCCAAGCCCAGCGAGGGUGAGGACUCUGCCUGGAAGGCUCCAGUGGGGAAUCCGGGCUCUGCCAGCUUAGGUCAGUCCUCUCCUCGAGCCAAAAGCUGAAGCCAGGGUGGGGGGCCCUUGAGUCUGCCAGCUGGGGCAAUGUAAGGGAAGGGAGGAGGGUGCUGGGAGGGGACACACCACGGGAAUCAUCCCAAGCAGGGAAGACCACCAAGCAGGCAGCCCUUGCAGGCUAGGCCAGGACAGACAUUACAAGUUGAGCCCUCUGUGAUGCCCCCACCGUGGGCUCAUGCACACGGGUGUUGAAAAUGCCCGGGUGUUCGUAGAAACUGGGUGCUCGCAGCAGCUUUAUUCUUAAUAACCCAAACCUGGAAACAACCCAGGUACCCAUCAGCUGGCCAGUGGGCAAAGUGUGGCCUGUUCCUAAGCCCAUCAGUAAGAGAAAGGGACCCCAGACACAACAGCAUGGCUCACUGUCAGCAUUCUCGUGUCACCGAGUGCAGUGGGGAGCCGGGAGCUGUGAGCAGCACUUCACCCACGUGGGUGGGCGGUUGAAAGGGAGCUGGGCCAGCCCCACCUCACAACUCCGUGGAGCACAGCCCGUCCCUUCUGCUGGUUCUGGCCCUGGAGGACCAGGGGGCCGGUGAGUGGGGCCGGGGAGCAGGUGGGGAAACAGAGGCCAUAAGAUGGUGCCCAGGGUGUGGGGGUGGGAGUACUGAGUGCAGAGGCUUGGGAACAACUCCAGUGCCCCCAGGGGGGGCUGAUGAUGAAUGUGGGCUCAUCCUAGAAGGCAGGAGGGGACAGGAAAGCUGGUAAUGGCGAACUCAAGGUUGAGAAGCAGAGAGUGUUGACGUGGGGUUAGCAGCCAGUGUCGCAAAACAACCUGUGUAUUAACAGUUGAAUGACAAG